CACUCGCUCACUCCUUCCCUCCACGCCCGCCACGUGUCGUGCGAAACUUCCCUCGACACCGGAUAGGCCCAUCUCCUUUCCUUCCCCAAACUUUAUCUCUGGCAAGCCCAGUCAUUCUUAUCCAUCUCCCUCCUCGAACCGAGCAACCUUAGGAACAUAUAUAGAGAAAGAAACACAGAGAGAGAGAGAGAGAGAGAGAGAGAUUUUGUUUAUCGGAAGCGAGUGAAAGAAGAAGAUGGAUCACGCGGCGGACGCCCACCGGACGGACUUGAUGACCAUAACUCGUUUCGUGCUCAACGAACAGUCCAGGCACCCGGAGUCCCGCGGCGAUUUCAGCAUCUUGCUCAGUCACAUUGUCCUCGGCUGCAAGUUCGUAUGUUCCGCCGUUAACAAGGCGGGUCUUGCCAAACUCAUUGGACUUGCUGGAGAGACCAAUGUUCAGGGUGAAGAGCAAAAGAAACUGGAUGUGCUUUCAAAUGAGGUUUUUGUCAAGGCUCUGAUAAGCAGUGGCCGAACAUGCAUCCUUGUAUCAGAAGAGGAUGAAGAGGCAACCUUUGUGGAGGCAUCUAAGCGUGGAAGGUAUGCUGUUGUUUUUGAUCCAUUGGAUGGAUCAUCCAACAUUGACUGUGGAGUUUCAAUUGGAACUAUCUUUGGGAUUUAUAUGGUUAAACAUACCAAUGAACCAACACUAGAUGAUGUGUUACAACCUGGGAAGAAUAUGGUGGCAGCUGGCUAUUGCAUGUAUGGGAGCUCUUGCACGCUAGUGUUAAGCACUGGAACUGGUGUCAACGGCUUUACUCUUGAUCCAUCUCUCGGGGAGUUCAUUCUUACUCAUCCUGACAUCAAGAUUCCAAAGAAAGGAAAGAUUUAUUCAGUAAAUGAGGGAAAUGCCAAGAACUGGGAUGGUCCAACGACUCAGUUUGUGGAAAAGUGCAAGUUCCCUAAAGAUGGUUCAUCAUCAAAGUCUCUAAGAUACAUUGGAAGCAUGGUAGCCGAUGUCCAUCGCACAUUACUUUAUGGGGGUGUCUUUUUGUAUCCUGCUGACAGGAAGAGCCCCAGUGGGAAACUGCGUGUUCUUUAUGAAGUUUUCCCAAUGUCAUUCUUGAUGGAACAAGCGGGAGGUCAGGCUUUCACCGGGAAGCAACGGGCACUUGACUUGAUUCCAACGAAGAUACAUGAGAGAUCUCCGAUAUUCCUUGGAAGCCAUGAUGAUGUUGAGGAACUUAAAGCUCUCUAUGCUGCUGAAGCUAAGGAAUAAAGUCAUGCUUCUCAUGUCAUUCGUAUCACUACGAUAGCCUCAACAAUGUCUGCAGUUGGGGGAAUUUAAUACGGAUCUUCAAGGAAUAAAUAAAUAAAUACGAGUCUUCAAUGCAAAAUCAGGUUCUCUGCCAUUUCACUCUUAUCUUCUUAAGAUAAACUCACUGAGGUUUUGUAAUGGG